AUGGAUGAGCACUUCGACGCCCGAGAUAAAGUGGAGAGGAAGGACCGGGGCGGCUCGCGAGCCAACGGCGUCCCAAGCCCCGCCCACAGCGCGCACUGCAGCCUGUACCGCACGCGCACCCUCAAGGCGCUCAGCUCGGAGAAGCGAGCCAAAAAGGUCCGCUUCUACCGGAACGGAGACCGCUACUUCCCCGGCCUGGUGUGCGCCGUUUCCUCCGAGCGCUUCCGCACGCUGGACGCACUGCUGGCCGAGCUGACGCGCGCGCUCACUGACAACGUGCACCUGCCCCAGGGCGUGCGCGUCAUCUACGUCAUCGACGGCUCGAGGAAGAUCACCAGCAUCGACCAGCUGCGGGAAGGAGAGAGUUAUGUAUGUGGAUCCAUUGAGGCUUUCAAGAAGCUUGAUUAUGUGAAGAACAUCAACCCCAACUGGUCUGUGAAUGUGAAGGCCUCUGCAUCCACUAGAUGCCUCCCCUCCCUCUCCAGCUCUAAACUGGGGCCCCAUGAAUCCAAAGAGAGCAAGGACUUCAUCAGGCCCAAGCUGGUCACUAUCAUACGCAGCGGUGUCAAGCCACGCAAGGCUGUUCGGAUCCUGCUUAACAAGAAGACAGCCCAUUCGUUUGAGCAUGUUCUCACUGAUAUCACGGACGCCAUCAAGCUUGACUCUGGUGUUGUCAAGAGGAUUUACACCGUUGAAGGAAAGCAGGUCACAUGCCUUCAGGACUUCUUUGGUGAUGAAGAUAUCUUCAUUGCAUGUGGACCUGAGAAGUUCCGCUACCGUGAUGACUUCCUGCUGGACGAGAGCGAAUGCAGGCUGAUGAAAUUAUCCUCCUAUGGAAAGAGUCUUCUAAAUAGAGCAUCUCCCAGGAAUGUGACACCCGCCAGACGCAGCAAGUCACCCUCAGUGAACGGGACUCCAGCCAGCCAGCUGUCUACACUGAACUGUAUGAAGUCACCCAGUCCUACUCCAGCCAGUCCAGGAAGCCUCAAGAAGGAGAAGGACAUGGCAGGCACCAAACGUGCAGCCUAACUCCACACACUCACUCAGAGGGGAAAUAGCAAUGGGAUACCUAGCAAUGGGGAAUCUCCUGAAUGCUGUCACACACUCUUACACUCAUUUGGCCAUCAGAGCCAUGUGUGAAAGUCCAGCAGAUUUGUUCGUGGAGACCAACCUCUGCCUUUUAGUAGUUUUGUAAUGAUGAAGUAGACACACUGUCUACUGGUGGUAUUAAGAGUGUACAACUUGAACCUUGAAUGAGCAUGCAACUCAGUGGGAGUUGGGGUUUUACCGGCCACACUCAUUUCUCUGUUCUGGGUGUAAAUGGCUAAUGAUGUGUGUAACCACUUCGUAGGGUUCCAAAUCCUGCUGCAUCAGUUAAUGAGGAGGCAGUAAUAGUGUGUCCAUGCUCAAUCAAAACCCUUCACCAACCAUGUAAUUAACUCAUUAAUCUCUCUCUCUCUCUCUCUCGCUCUCUCUCUCUCUCUCUCUCUCUCUCUAUAUAUAUAUAUAUAUAUAUAUAUAUAUAUAUAUAUAUAUAUAUAUAUAUAUAGUUCCUUUAGUAUCAAAAGCACUAAUAUUUUGCCCUUACUGUGUGUAUAGAUUUUCUAUUGGAGGCUCAACCUGGCAAUGUUUAGUCUUUUCAUGUGGUGCCAGUAUGUGGUGGUGUAAACAAAAUUGAGUUAUGUGUUAGAUUGAAGGAUGAAUAAAAGACUUCUCUGACGUCUUGUGCUAUAGGCUCAAAAGAGGCCAUUGUUGAUUCCACAGGGUGUCUGGAGCUCAGUCUUUCCUUGAGUUGCCUGUAUAUGGUAGAAAAAAUUAUCCUGGAGAAUUUGUGGCACAGCUGCUACUCAGUGAUAAAAACAAAACAACCUAGUAUCAGAUUGUCCUGAAACUGAGCCAGUGUAUUCCCUGAGAUUGAGAAAUCUAUCUCAGGGAAUACGCUCUCUAUGCUCUCUCAGCUCACCCCACCCUGUUUCAUAUUCGCUGCACAUAUCCGCACCAGUCAGUGAUCACUGAAAGAGUGCUUGAAGCAGGAUGAUCUCUCGUGCACUUUGAUCUAAGGAGGAUUGCUUUGCACUUCUUUCUGCUUGCCACCUCUCCAGAGGACCAUUUUGAGUGGUCUGAAGAUCGGCUCCAAGCAAGGCAGAAUCUUGAUGGCUUCACAUCCAUCUGCCAUAUAAGUAGGUCACAUUAUGAUAAAAAGCUCCCAUUUUGUGAAUGGGGGUAAGGAAGACGCAAAGUGCUCCUGCAUAAUGCAAUGCUGAGGCACUCCAGCACUGAAUGUUCCUGUUUUCUCAUUUGACAGACAGCCACUGAACUGAGCAAGCUGAAAAUGGUAGGAAGAGCCUUAAAUGUUGUGUGGCCUCUGGUAUUUAUGCUUAGUUUUAACAUUCCUACUUGUUUGAAGAGUCUCUGCUUUUUUAUUUGAAUAACGUGUGGUUCUCUGCAAAUGGACUCCAGUGCUUCUUUUUGUCGUUGCAUACAUUAUGCACAGUACUGAUUCUCCACAUCUCCUCAUUAGCUAUACACAUCAGUUUUAUUUGUUUUGACCCAGCACUGAAUUUAUGCUUAGUACUGAACUAUUUAUAUACAUCUAUUACGCCUGGGUGAUCACUCUUUAUAGUGCUAAUAUAUAUGAGAGAUUGGACUGCACAGAAAUUCCUGGCACUACUCAAUCUCUCAUACAUGCACAAACGCUUUACACUUUUCUAGACACUGUCGAUACUGAAAGCGACACCUUAUGGUUGCUUGAAGACUAAGAUCGGUUGAGAGAUUUGGUCAGUUGUGUUUCAUUGAAUGUUAGGUGGCAUCUGUGAAGUAGUAUGUGAAUACUGGUGGUUGUGGACUGAAAAGUGAAAUAAUUGGAGGAAUUUGGAAAAUAAUUUGGAAGGGUGGAGAGAGGGAUGAAGUGUAAGCUGUUACCACAGCAACAUCAGAUGAAUGGAAGAAUAGAUAUGUGAAGAAGAGUGGAGGGCAGAAGGGCAGGUAGUGUAGGAUGGAGUGAUACAGAGUAAUGAAGGACUGAUGCAAUAUGAGAACAAGAAUAUUAAUGAAUGGAUAUAAUCUAAUUCAUGUAAAAUAGUGUUUAAAAAAAUCUAUGGCUGGAUUCUGCUUUUUGCACCAGUGUCGUUCUAGAAAAGAGUUUUCAGUUCAGUGCUUUCGUAGAUGGUAUAGUAGUAUAGUGCUUAGUGUGACCUACUUUUCCAAAUUACACAAGAGUGGCAACUGCUCUAUAUGCUAGGAUUGUGUGUUUUAGUGUUUCAGUUUUUGGGGGUUUUCCUUCUCUCAUAUUUUUCUCCAAUGCCCAUUGGCUCCGUUUUCCUGGUGAAGCAUUAAUCCAUGCACAGACCAACAAUAUGCACAAUGUGUCUAUAAAGUCAGGAUAUGUCUCAGUCUGGCAGGUGUCCCAGUCACAGCGAUGUUCUGUCAGAAACAAAACAAGGUUUUGGGAGAGAGAGUGAGAGAGACAGAGAGAGAGAGAGAAUGAGGAGGUUACUUUUUAUGUGCAGUUCCAUCCAUAACCCUUCUUUUGUGUUCUCUUCAUUCUGUCAGUCAAAUCAUAGCCUGGCUUUGUAAACCACGCUGUCUGUUGAGUUGCAUGCUCUUCUCAUUUGUGUGCAUGUUUGCACAUUUUCUUGUCAUUCAUUUCACAGUAAUUGAUUUUGAAAAUUUUCAUUUGUUUAUUUUUAAUUAAAACUUUUUUUUUGGUGUUUUCUAAAAAUACAUGUGUAUCUGUCAUCUGUGUAUAAAUGAAAGUUCAUUUCAUGCAUGUUUUUAUGGCUUUGUGAGUCAUUCUUACAGUAUCAUGAGGAACAUCACACUGCACACAUGAGAUAAGUGGUCAUCUACUUCUCGCCCUCUUUUUCUCACAACUGAGUUACAUGUGAUGGCUGUGUUCAUUUUUUCCUUCUGCUCAUUUUGUGCAUUUUUUUUUUUAUGUGUUUCCAUUCUGUUAGUUCAUUUAUCCAAUGUUUUCAUUAGUAUAGAUAUUUGGAUUGUGUGCUGUUUCAUCACUUACUUCAUUGUGUGUGUGUGUGUGUGUGUGUGUGUGUGUGUGCGUGUGUACAUGCAAAUAAAUCUUAUUGAAUAAUUUGA